UAAUGGCAACAGGUGGUAAAAUACUAGAUGCGCUUAAGGAUGAGUUCUGUGAAUGUCCUAUUUGUACUGAGGAAUAUGAUGAAGAAAAACAUGUUCCAAGGCUUCUUCCAUGUCAGCAUUCUUUCUGCACUGAAUGCCUUGAAAAGAGCGUAAAAGGUGGAAAGCUGAAUUGUUCCAUAUGUAAACGCAGUUAUAGAGUAAAAGAAAUGGGUGUAGAUUGCUUUCCAAAAGAUCUUACGAAGCGAAGCUUGGGGGAUGUCUUACAAAGAAUUAAAGCAACCUCUUGUUGUAUUUGCAGUAGGAUAGAAGGUAUAAGAUAUGAAUGUACAUCCUGCAAUAUAAAAGUCUGUAAAAGCUGUUUCAAGGUCCGUAAAUCAACUGAUUGCAAGCAUCAUCAAUUGAAAGAAGUAUCUAUGGAUAGUAAUGAAUCCCCUGAUUCCUCUCUGGACUCUCUAGAGAUGAAUGCGGAAAAUAUAUGCAACCUACCAUUUCAUGAAAAAAAUAUAUUGAAGUUUUAUUGUAAAAACAAUGAUUGUCGGAAACCAAUUUGCGCCAAUUGUGCAACAAAAGAUCACAAAUCUCAUGACUGGGAAGAAAUAGAUCUGUAUUAUAAAAACGAAAAAGAAGCAGCCCUUUCUCGUUUAUCAUUAGCUAAGGAGAAGAUUGAAAAGGCAAAAGAUGUGUUAUCAGCCAUAAAGAAGGAAAAGGAGAAAAUUAUGCAAAAUGAUAAAACGGGAAAAGCGGCCAUCCAAAAUGAAAAACAGAAUGGAAUCGAUUAUCUUAAUCAGGAAAUAGAAGAAUUGUGCCAAGCAAGCACACAGAUUGUCAAAGAGUACACCGAAACAUUUGAAAAAAAGAUGUCAUUCUUAUCGAAUUUUAUUGAGAACGCCCAGGAAUGUUGUUCUAUAUCGGAAGAGCUACUAAAGGAAAACAAAUUGUCCUUUUUGUCCCUGGAAAAAACAAUUUCUGAGAAAUUGGAAAAGUUUGGGAAAGAAUCUUUUCCCGAAGAGACGUCAGGUAUUGACAGUGAAUCUUUAUUGCUUAAUGAUGAAUGUAAGAUUCUUAGAAGAAAAAUUGAGAAAAUGAGAGAUCCAUAUUUAGAGAUGGACGAUCAUCCCCUGUUUGAAAUAACACCAGAAGGACAGAAUGACCAAGGUAAAAAAUAA